UUUAAUCUUCGACCAAUAAAAAAAUGCGAAUAAAUAUGUCGCUCUCGUUCGUUUCGGGCUUGCUUGCUGCAAAAGUAACCGAGCUUGAUUGAGGUAGUCGUGAUAAUAAUCUAUUCUCUUAUUUUAUUUUCAAUGAAUUAAUUUGCGCCAUCGCCGCUACGUUCGUAUCAUAUUAUGAAGAAUGGAAUGCACACAUUUGUUAGAUAACGUCAAGUUGGUGGAUCCUAUCAACUUUGAGGACAGCACGAUCACAAAGAACUUCAAUUGUUCAGAAUGUGCAGUGUCGGACCAGAACUGGCUGUGUUUGCAGUGUGGGGCUGUGAACUGUGGCCGAUAUGUCAAUGGCCAUGCCAAACAACAUGCGGAAUCCCUUGACCAUCAGCUGUGCAUCAGUUGUGAUGUUUAUUCUGUUUAUUGUUACAAAUGUGACGAUUACGUAUCAAACGACUUGGAAUACCAGACCAUAGACAAAAUACGGCAGAGUAUUAUGAGAACGAGGCAAGUGAGUGACAAUGAAAAUAUAGAGCCAUGUGACAACAGCAAGGAUGGCAGUGAAGGUGGAAACAGUUGCGUGUCCAGCACGUCGAAUGUGGAAAAAGUGGCGAGCAAUGCAGAUGCCAUACUAGCGGUCACACCCAGCAGCUCUUGCGGCGAUCUCACCAAUACACUGUCUCCGGAUGUAGCUGAGAGUAAAACAUCGAAAAGUAUUAAGAACUCGGAAGAGCCCGUUAGAAGUUUAAGACCUCGAUCAAGAAAAAGAACUCAUUCGGACGACAGUAGCUCUACAGAAAACACAUCACAAACGUCUAGAAAAGAGAAGAAAACGUCACCGGUUAACGGAAAGAGAGAAAAGAAAAUUGUAGGAUUAAAAAAUUUAGGCAACACAUGCUUUAUGAAUGCCGUGUUGCAGAGUCUGAACAAUAUACAGGAAUUUAGUUGCUAUUUCAAUCAGUUGCCGUCGUUAGAGCUGAAGGCCAAUGGACGGAAGGUGUACCACUCGAGGAGUUACACGCGGCAGGAGAUGCAUGACGUCGUCAUGGCCGAAGAACUUAGGAAGGUGUUGAUAAAUCUGAACACAGGCGGGUGUGGGUCGAAAGGCGCCAUAUCGCCGGAGUGUUUGUUCCUGGUCAUAUGGAAAGUGGUGCCCAGAUUUCGCGGUUACCAACAGCAGGACGCGCAUGAGUUCCUGCGUUACAUGUUGGACAGGUUACACACAGAACUGUUACAACUGUUGCCGCCGGAUAAGUCGGAGAGUGGUUUCGUUCCAAGAGCUCCUUCGGCGUCAAUAGUUACUGCCGUUUUCGGAGGAACAUUACAGAGCGAGGUGCGGUGCCUGGCGUGCGGCACGGAGAGCAAGAAGUUCGACCCGUUCCUCGACCUGUCGCUGGAGCUGCCGGACGCGGGCCGCCACGACGCGCCCGUGCCGCUGCACGACUGCCUCGCCAGCUUCGUGCAGGUGGAAGAAUUGGCCGACACGGAGCGUUACUUCUGCAGCAGUUGUAAAUGCAAACAGAAGUCGACUAAGCAGUUUUGGAUACGCAGAUUACCCAACGUUUUGUGUCUACAUCUCAAGAGAUUCCGGUGGCACAAUUACUUUAGGACUAAAGUGGACACGUCGAUCUCGUUCCCGCUGCGGUCGCUGGACAUGUCGCGGUUCGUGCUGGCCAACGUGCCCGACACGCGCCGCUCCGGCCGCGGCAACCAGCUCUACGACCUCGCCGCCGUCAUCGUGCACCACGGCUCCGGCGCCGGCUCGGGCCACUACACGGCGUUCGCGAUCAACGAGGAGCAGUGGUUCCACUUCAACGACCAGACGGUGCGCGCGGCCGACGCGGGCGCCGUGGCGGCCUGCAAGCCCUACAUCCUCUUCUACAUCCGCCGCGAGCUGGCGCUGCCGCCCGCCUCGUGACCCGCCCGCGUCGAGGGCGAGCGCGGUACUGCUGUAAGGCGAGCCGUUGCCAACAUCAGAAAGUCAUCAGGGCUUGGUGCCAACCUCAGAAGCAGAUGCGCUGUUGUCCGGCUCUUCACUGUCGACUCUGGCUGGAGCCUCUGCCGGUCGUACUCCUCUGACCGGCACUACGUUGGCUCGAAACACUUCAUGGAUUCCUCAAAACUUACCGACACGAGAGGACUAAUUAUGAUGACUAUGAUCACCUGUAUUAGUGGAAUGUAGCGUCUCAGAUAAUUUAAAAACGUAGUUACGUGAAAUAUUAUGAGGCAAUUACGUGGUCACAAGAUAAAAUAUAUAUUAUGUUCUAUUAUAUGUUUAAUGUUGUCGAAAAUUUAUAUAACAUUGCUACUUAUAAUUACUUCUCUAUUACGAGUUCGUUGGGAAGGCUAUGUGAAUGUCUUCACAGCAACUCUUACAAGCGUGCGACGUUCACUAACCGUUCCAGUCGCAUAUCUGAUCUCAUAAAAGGUGACCUAACCCGCAAUGUAAUGUGAACUUUCAACAUUCUCCUAUAGAUAGGCUAUAAUUCGUUCUUUUGAAAAUCGUUAAAUUUGUUUGCAACCAUACUCUUUAAAACUUUUUUAAUCUACUUGAUAAAGAUUUGCAUAAAAUUUACUGGAAAUACAAGUUUCCAUAGAUUAGUAUACAGAACAGGGAAUACAAUAAACGCGAAUCCCAUGCUCUGAUAUAAUCUUUGUAUAAUAAAUAAUCACCGUAGAAACUGUUUUAUUUGGUGAUAUCGGCAUUUUAGGACCUUUGGUCCAACUUGUUCCACUAUACCAUAGAUAGUCACAAAUUUGUAGUCAUUUCAUGGCUCCAGAAAAAAAAAUACUGAGCAGGUAGUAUAUCGAUAAAUUAUGAAAUAGAUAUAUUAAUGCAUUCAUUAGAACAAUUUGAAUUUUGGGCAUUUACUAUAGGAACAAUCUAAUUUAUUACUACUGCUACUAUACUCGUGAAAGAUUUUAAAAUAACUUUAGUAUGAUGCCAUAGACAAGAAUCAGGUUUAAAAAAAAAUGUGGCAAGAGAAACUUGGAAUAUGAAAUCAGACUAAGAUCAUUCCUAGGCUUACAAUUGAGCGGGUCUCAAUGAUUUUGUGUUUGUGUGUGUUGAAAUUAUUCCAUACAGGUCGCUUCGAUAUACUUAACAUUUUUGGCUUCGUUUUCAACUAUUUAUAUAAAAAUAAAUAAAUGUUAUAAAUUAAAAUAAUUUUAAGGAAAUCGGCGUCUGUUGCUCAUUAAAAACUAUGUACCUUUCCAUAGCAUAUUCGUAGCACAAUAUUAAAAAGUUGUAAGCAUGAAUAUAUUAAAAAUAGUUAACUUAUUGAACGAAUCAUUUAAAUUAAAUGCAUAUAUAAAUAAAAUAUACAAAGUGUGAAAGACAACAGUUAUGAAUGUCGUAUAAUGUUUAGGUAAAGCGCGAUAAUGUAUUUGCAACGGGUAACGAGGUGUCAUGCCAUAUAAUGCAUUUCACUUAAUAUAAGCCAUAAUGAAACUGGGAUUUAGUUUGUUCUCGUUUACACAACUGCAUACUCAACAUUCCCGUGUUUGUUUUCUUUGAGUAAAAUUAGCGAAACAAAUCAUUUGUACACACAUCGGUGUUUUUAAUUUGUACUGAGCUGUUCAACGGAUAAUAUUUUUCUAGUUAGCGAUCGAUUAUUCGGUUCUAACAGGCCGGCAGAAUUGUGUCGUCUGCCGAGGUGUAAUCAUCUCUCGUCAGUCGCCAUUAUAUUGGACCCCACUCGAUUUACCAUCAGGUUCAAAGGGUUCAUUUUGCCGUGUACUUUUAAAAAAUCAACCAUAAGUUGACUAAGCUGCAGAUUUGUGUGUGCGUGUGUAAGUAACACUCCACAUUACAAAUAAUUUGUUUCGCUAAUAUUACUAUACUGCCCCGCUGUAUAGUAAUAGUAGCGGCGGGACUUAGCUGACCGUUUUGUGUAAAACAAUGUGAUAGUAUAAUUUGUGUAUGUACAUAAACUGCUGAUGAUUUGUGUCGUGAAUGUUCUCUUUGCUAAGUACCUUAUUUGAAUAGCAGGUUUAUUUUGUGUAAGUACUUCAAUUACUGGAAGUUUAAGUGAUUGAAUUUAAUAAAUUCGCCAAUUUAAACCA